AUGGCUAAAAUCGCAUCUAUCGUGUACUACCGCGUGAAGCCGCGAUGGCUGAUGGUCAAGGUUGUCGACGAGAACGGUGAGCACGGAUGGGGUGAGGCGACUCUUGAAGGUCACGAUCUCGCUGUUGAAGGGUGUCUCGAUGAGAUGAUACCUCGCAUUAUCGGGGAGGAAGCAAAUGAUAUCGAGAACAUCUGGCAGACAUUUUGGCGGCAUGGCUUCUACCGUGGAGGUCGCAAUCUGAAAGUCCCGAUUUACGAGCUCCUCGGUGGAAAGGUUAGAAACAAAGUUCAAGUCUACUGUUGGAUCGGAGGCGACCGUCCUUCAGACGUUGAGGCAGCUGCUAAAAAGCGUCUGGAACAAGGCCUCACGUGCGUAAAAAUGAAUGCCACCGAGGACCUGGGAUGGAUCGACUCCCCAUCAGCUCUCGAUAGCACUGUUGAACGCCUCAAGCAAGUCAAGGCACUCGGUCUCGAUGUCGGUCUGGACUUCCACGGACGCUGCCACAAAGCCAUGGCCAAGCAGCUCGCCAGAGCACUCGAGCCUCACGGACCUUUAUUUAUCGAGGAACCAAUUCUUUGUGAGCAUCCAGAAGCUAUCAAGAAGCUAUCAGACCAGACCGUUAUUCCCAUCGCCUUCGGAGAAAGGCUAUACACCCGAUGGGACGUGAAGCGAUUCCUGGAAGACUCAAGUGUGGAUAUUCUACAGCCAGAUAUCGCUCAUGCUGGUGGAAUCUCAGAAACGAAGCGCAUAGCCAACAUGGCAGAAGCAUACGAUGUCGCCAUCGCGCCGCAUUGUCCUUUAGGACCAGUGGCCUUCGCGGCUUCUGUGCAGGUGGCUUUAUCGACACCCAAUUUUGCCAUCCUUGAGAUGAGUUUGGGAAUGCACUACAACACUGAGGCAGGUGAUAUUGAUCUUCUUACAUACCUAAAGAACCCAAGCGUCUUUGAUCUUGACAGUGGAUAUAUCAGGGCACCUACCGGUUAUGGACUUGGUAUUGACAUUGACGAGGAAAUGGUGAUACGAAUUGCGAAGGAGACGGAGCCCUGGCAGUGCAAGACGUUCCAUGGACCCGACGGCGGGAUUCGUGAGUGGUAG